GGAGGACUGAGCGGCAUCCCAAACAGACGCAGCGGUUGAAUCAGCGCAGGCCCACGCGGUGUUCAGCGUGAAGGCUGGGAUGUAGAAGUCAGCGUUGGUUUUUCCCGAGGCCUUUGAACGCAACGGGAAGGAGGGAAGGACAACAGCGGGGAGGAGGCUGUUACAGGAGAGUAACACGGGGGAGUCUCCUCCUACUCCUCACCUGUGCGUGAACACCUGUCGCCGGUGGGUUUUUUUUUAAAGGACAAUAAGGGGGUCGUGUUUCAGCCGGGCUAGAGAAGGUCUUGGAAAGCCCAGAAUAGUGUGAAAUAAACAUGCAGAGGACGGCGGAAGGAAACUGUCAGUGACUGAAGUGCAGAAUCAACAUGCUGCUGGUUGUGUGAGUGACAGAAAUGGGGUCAACAAGAUCAAAUUGGCACACUUUGACUGUGGUGGCAUUUGUUUUUCAUUUGCUAACCCCUGACGGUGUGGCGUCUGAAGUCUUCGGACGGGUCGGCAGCUCGGUGGAUCUGGAGUGCAGUUUUCCCCUGUCACAGCCUGCAGCUGCAUCCUCUGCAUCCCUGCAUGUGUUGGAAUGGGUACGACAGGGACUUGACAUCCCUGUCCUGAUUAAAUUUGGAUCCCACACGCCGCGUGUCCACCCACAAUAUGAGGGGCGGGUGUCUCUGGGGAGGAACGCCUCCCUGAGGCUGGAGCGCCUGCAGCUGGAUGACCAGGGAUGGUACGAUUGUCGGGUCCUCUUACUGGACAGGCCCUCAGAUGAGCUGCGGAACAGCUCGUGGACUCUGCUCUCUGUGUCUGGCCCACCCACCUUUACAGAAGUCCCACCCCCUGUAUUGGAAGCCCUGGUCGGAACUCAUCUUUCUCUUUCUUGCGUUGCUAUUGGCAACCCCAUACCAACCAUCACAUGGCUGAAAGAUGGCACAGUCAUUCGGAGCAUGAACAAUCAGGGUGGAGUCUUAUCUCUGCCUGCAGUGAGCACGCCGUCAGCGGGGAUGUACACCUGCCACGCCUCCAACUCCGAGGGAAACGUGACUCGCGUGACGAACGUGAAGAUCAAAGGUCCACCGGUGAUUGUUGUUCCUCCAAAAAGUAGCUCCCUCAACAUGUCCCAGAAUGCACUUCUCCAGUGCCAGGCGGUGGCAGACCCCCCCAACAUGACAUACGUGUGGCAGAAAGGUGGAGAAAACGUUUAUCACAUCGAGUCUCUGAAGUCACGCGUGAAGAUCAUGGUGGAUGGAACCCUGCUCAUCUCCAGGCUCAUCCCAGAGGAUUCUGGGAACUAUACCUGCAUUCCGACUAAUGGGCUCCUGACUCCGCCUGCUGCCUCCGCCAUCCUCACAGUGAUGUACCCAGCCCGAGUCACUCACAUGCCCAAGGAAACGUACCUCCCCACAGGUAUGGAGGGGAGGAUCUCCUGCUCGGUGGCAGCCCAGCCUCCGCUGCUUCGUGUGGACUGGACAAAAGACGGAGAGCCUCUCGACCUCGCUUUGUAUCCAGGAUGGUCCCUAAAAGCUGAAGGUACCCUGGUCAUGGCGACCAUUAAUGAGGACGCUGCCGGCACAUACACAUGCACUCCAUAUAACAGCUAUGGCAGCAUGGGAUCAUCCGAGCCAACCAGAGCCGUGCUGCAGGACCCCCCAUCAUUCAGCACGCCUCCGGAGGAGCAGUACAAACUGGAGGCCGGAGGAAAGCUGCUCAUUCCUUGUCAAGGAAGUGUGGAGUCAACGAGCAGAGCGACCUGGAGGAAGGUCGACCCCAUUCGCCCCAUUUCUUACUCCAUUGAACCCAACGGCUCUCUGCUGCUGCAGCCCCUCAUCAAGGAGCACCACGGGGAGUGGGACUGCAGCAUUUCCAACCGCGUGGCCACGAUGAAAGCCCGCACUCAGAUCUUUGUCCUCGGCACCAGUCCCCAUGCAGCUUCCUCCAUGUCCGUCUCUCCGGGGGUGAAGCAGGCCAACAUAUCCUGGGAAGCAGGCUUUGAUGGAGGAUCAGCACAGACAUUUUCAGUUUGGGUGAAGAAGAUGUCAGCUGGUGAUACUGAGGGGAAGCAGGAAUGGUUCUCUGUGCCCGUGCCCCCCUCCUCCAACACCACGCUUCAGGUCUCUGAUCUGUCUCCUGCCACAGAAUACCAGUUCAGCAUCCUGUCCCAGAAUAAAUUUGGAACAGGUCCCUUCAGUGAGAUUGUCACAACAAGGACUUUGGAUCCUCCACAGAGAAAAGCCAAACUGAAGCCGCCGGUGCCGCUCUCAGCUAAUCAGGGCUCAGCAGGUGUUCUCCUGCACUGGUCCCCUCCUGAAGCUCAGAACCCCCCCAUCACCGGCUUUGUUCUCCAAACCCGAACCGACAAAGGGGACUGGUUUAAUUUGGACGGGAACAUCAGUGCCAACAGCAGUGAAAUCCUGAUUCAGGGUCUCCAAAAGGACGGCGUGCACGAGCUGCGACUGCUCUCUCGUCGCGGCGAGAUGCUGAGCGAGCCCAGUCUAUCCAUCAAUGUCAACAUCAGUGGGAUGGGGAUGGUUCCAGCCACGUCCCGGCACCUGGAGGAGUCCGUCCCGGUGCCGCUGCUCACCGGCGUUCUGGGCGGGGUCGGUUUCAUGUGCCUGGCGCUAGUCUUGCUGCUUGGCUCCGCCUGUGUCAUCAACCGCGUGGUGAAGCGACGCCGCGGCAAGAGAAAAGACGAGUCCCUUCCUGCCAUCUAUAAAUGCUCCCAGUCAACGAAGACGUCAGGCAGCAGCAGUCCAGACAGUUUGUUGAAGAAAAGUCUUCUUCCAGCCAGCCCCGACUACCCCACACCUUCGUCUACCAUCACCUCGUCCUCCUCGCAGACUGACACUUUUCCUACAAGCGCGGAGAAGCUUCGUCGGUCUAAUGAUGGUGGGCGCCGCCUCACAAAGACAGCUUCCCUGAUGUCUCCUUCCAUUGAACUGAUCUCAAGAGGUCCAGAUGGACGAUUUGCUGUCCCAGCUUACAACCACAACAGUAACAGUAACGCAAAUGUCAGACAUGACCGACCCUCUAAAGUCAGAAGGUCUGUGUCAUUGCAUUCAGACGCCAAAGACGUGCCGUUUGUGCUCUCCGUUGAUUUCCCUCCUUACGCACCAGUGAGUGACAGAGUCCUGCAGCGCCACACUCCGACUGUGGACGACCGGGAAAGCUGCAGCGGCUCUGCUGACCUCUGCAGCCUCUGCUCCAACAGCAGUCUAGCUACCACGCACCAGGACAGAGGAAUUACUCCGGUCUUUCCGGUCCUCCCCCAUAUCAAAUCUAGCCUGCAUCAAGCAGCAACGACAGCCAGCUCUCUGCUGCUCCAAAUGGAAGACGAGCGAGAACGAGGGAACCUGAGUCGCUGCCUGAAGCUCGCUCAGGAGAGGGAGGAGCUGGAGCGGGAGCUUCAGAGGUACACCUUCCAACGAAACUCAUGGAGAGGAACCAUGACACAGCCCUUACACCCAGACGGAAGGGAAGAGCUUUCCUGGGAGUACAAAAGCAGGACAUUACCGCACAAAUAUAAUCAGAUAGACCAGAAAAGGUCACGCCUGUCCUCGUCUUCUGUCUUUUGGGAGGCCCAUCCGUUUGUGUCCCAGCCGAGUCUUCUGUCCCCGAGGAAGAACCCAUCAUCACCGUCAACUGAUUCGUGUUUCCAGUCGAGUAUCAAUCCUUUCCCAUCUUUGCUUCUGCCUGAGGAGACAUGCAGUUUUUCACAAGCACAGUUAGCUUUCCCACAUCUCUCCACAAAGAGCCAACAGCUUGAAGAUGUUUCAGUGCUAGACGCUCAAAGCAGCAAUUCCUUUACUGAGGCAAAGAGAAGGAACUACCUUGGUACAUCUUCCCCCUGUCGCAUCAAAUGCAAAGAAGCUUGUCAAUCUGAUCCUAAUGCUUCAUCCACCUUCUCCAGGCUGGAACCCCAGUCCCCUCAGGAAGGUCUCAACGUUGAGAUGAGUGUAGAUGAGCCAGAGUUUGAGGUGACUGAGCUGCAGCCUCCACUCCCCACAAUACACCACGAGGCGUCCUCUCAUGUUCAAUACAGACGCCUUCGGACCCAAAAACUCCGACAUCAGGACAUGAAGAGGAGCAGAAGCUUCAACUGCCCCAUCCCAGAGUCUGCUGACAGUACUCCCCAGUACCAUCCACGUUCUUCAGAACAAGGGUCAAAGAGAUGGGAAUCUAAGCAGAGAAGUCGGAGUCUGGACUUGAGGAGACAAAACAAACCCGUCUUUCUUGCUCCUGACGCUUGGAUAGAAUCUAUUAGUCAGGAAGAUUGCUCUGCGGCUUCCUCCCCUGGACCUGUCUUCUGGGAAGCUCCGCAACGAAAUAUUCACAAAUACUCUGCAAACUCAUCCCCAGCCAUCCAAACGUCCCACCACCGCCCUCCUGCCACAGACCGUUUGACUCUGAGGAGUCCAAAGAGGCCAGUACCAAAUGCUGACCUGGCUUUUAUCUACGAGCCAAAGCGACACGUGUCCUUCUCAACCACAAAUCAAGAGGCCUCAAGAGAAGCCAGUUUCAGGUACGCCGUUAAAGGAGUCCCGGUCACCUCACCGCCUCACUCUGUUGAGGAGGAGCUGGAACUGGAAGUAGGAAACUACGAGAGAGCGUCAGAGUCUGGGGGCAGCUACAGCAGCUAUGCUAGCAGCGGCCGAGGCAGCAUGGACCCUUCCAACCCCAUCAGCUCCCCUGAGACAGUGCAGGACAACACGGGGAGCUCAGGGAACGCCAGGAAACAAGCGAUACCAAACCAAAGGAGAAAGCCUUCUGUGGAUGAGAGUUAUGAGUGGGAUGCUGCUGAUUUCAGCUCACAGCCAGGUGCCCAGGAUGGCGCUUUCCCUUUAAUGCAGCUACAGAAGAUCAUUACAGCUUGUAGUCCUCCCAGCAUGCCGCGCUCCACUAAAGUACAGAAGAAGUGCGCACAGCUGCCUUCACCUCCGGGGCAUCAAAGCAGCUCUGCUCAGGCUGAACCAGACGCCGUGCUGUUCUGACAGGACCGACCUCGGCUCGUAUCACCUGGUGUGUCCCUUCACAUAUUGACACGGAUCACUGCGUGACCAAAGCGCAUUUGGCACAAAGGGAGCUCGAUUUUCACCCCAAAAUAUAAGGAAAAAGUGAGACCAAAAGAUACAGCAGCUUCUGCGUCACCUUUUUUGUUAAGUUUUGUUCAAAAGUUUGUAGCAGAGAUAAAAAAAAUAAUAACUUUUAUGUGAUUCGUUCUGACUCAUCACACUCGGGUUGUUUUCUUUUUGCGAGAGUCUGCUGAUAUCAAAGUGUUCGGCGCGCUUAAGGAUUCACCACAUUCUGUUGAGCAGUUUGACAAUUCAUCAUCUAGAGAUGACUUCACCGCCACAGACGACAGGACCGGCUUAGUCAUCACAAACGUUCUGGUCCACGCUGUGCAUGGAUAUGUAAUUAGAUUUUAUCAAUCACUGCCAGCAGGUCCAGCUCGGACUUGCCUGUUCACCGGCAAAGCUUGUGACCCUGAAAUCCACACUGAAUUUCAAAAGGUUGAUUAUGUCCUUGACCUUUGGGUUCAACAAAAAAAAAAUGUUUAAGAGAUUUUAAAAGUUUACGCUGAAAAAACAGGCCUCUUAGAAAUAAGUCAAAUUCUCACCCCAUUGGCAGACUUUUGUUAAAUAAGCAAAAAAAAAAUCUUACAGCAAGAAAUCUUAUUUUAAGAAAAAAAAAAUCAAAUGAAACUGCUAUUGAAUAACUUUUUUAAGAAGAUUAUUUUUCUUGAAAAGAAGGAUUCAUUUGUGACAUUUAUUUUAAAUCUAUUUUUACCCUUUAACACC